GGCAGGAGCGUCUGAGGGGCAGCACACCGGGACCACGGCGGCUUUCCUCCAGAUCCCUGGGUCUGAUGCAGAGACGUGCCGGCGGGAGGACGGACACGGGAGACGGAGUCCUCUGAAGACUUUAACAGACGCCGGCUGCGCCAGGAGCAAGGACAGAGCUGCAGAUUUAUCACUGUGGGGAAGUCGGGCAGCCGGUUAUCUUGCGAGGAGUUUUUCCACUGGGGAGAGAGGAAGCAGAUGGACCGAGGCACUUUCUGAAUGAGAGGAUCUUCGCCGCGGCGUAGCGAUGCUCUUGAGGAACUCUGCUCUGAUCUGUUGCUGUCUCCUGGGCUCCCGGACGCCGACACGGGCGUAGGACGCGCUCCUCUCCUCUGAAUUCCUCCUUUCCGCCGUGCCAGCGCUCACCAUGUUCCUCCAGAGGUGCUCCCCGGCGCUCACGUGGACGUCCUGCCUCCUGCUGCUGUGCGCGGCGGCGGCCGUGUGCGUCGGCCAGCAGCCCCAGCCGCAGGCGCGCCGGUCCAGGCAGAUGUCGGCGCCGUCCGCCCCCGCCUCCGGGAACCUGUCGGAGAGCGCCGAGAGCAAGGUGGAGCGCCUCGGCCAGGCGUUCAAGCGCAACGUGCGCGAGCUGCGCGAGAAGAGCGCCUGCCUGGACCUGGUCUUCCUGGUGGACGAGUCGUCCAGCGUGGGGGCCAACAACUUCCUGAGCGAGCUCAGGUUCGUGCGCAAGAUGCUGUCCGACUUCCCCGUGGCGGCGGAGAACACGCGCGUGGCGCUGGUGACCUUCUCGUCCAAGACGCACGUGGUGACGCGGGUGGACCACAUCUCCUCGCCCAAGUCCCACCAGCACAAGUGCUCCCUGUUCAACCAGGAGAUCCCGGCCAUCAGCUACCGGGGAGGGGGCACCUUCACCAAGGGCGCCUUCCAGCGGGCGGCGCAAAUCCUCCGUCACUCCCGGAGCAACGCCAGCAAGGUCAUUUUCCUCAUCACUGACGGCUACUCCAACGGCGGGGACCCCCGGCCGGUGGCGGCGGCCUUGAGGGAGCGCGGCGUGGAGAUCUUCACCCUGGGAAUCUGGCAGGGGAACAUCCGGGAGCUGCACGACAUGGCGUCGCAGCCCAAGGACCAGCACUGCUACCUGGUGCACAACUUCGCCGAGUUCGAGGCCCUGGCUCGCCGCGCGCUGCACGAAGACCUCCCGACCGGCAGCUACAUCCAGGAGGACCUGUCGCGCUGCUCGUCGCUGUGCGAGGCGGGCCGGGACUGCUGCGACCUGAUGGCCAGCUGCCGCUGCGGCACUCACACCGGGCAGUACGACUGCAUCUGCGAGAAGGGCUACUACGGCAAGGGGCUGCAGCACGAGUGCACAGCAUGUCCACCGGGAACCUACAAACCCGAGGGGACCCCCGGGGGUCCCGGCACCUGCCUGCCCUGCCCCGACCCCCAGCACACCUCCCAGCCCGGCAGCACCGCCGUGGAAGACUGCGUCUGCAAGCCGGGGUACCAGCCAGUGGGCAUGUCCUGCCAGGUGGUGUACUGUCCGCCGCUCAGCCCGCCAGAAAACGGCUUCUUCGUCCAGAACGUCUGCAACAACCACUUUGACGCGGCGUGCGGCGUGCGCUGCCAGUCGGGCUUCGACCUCCAGGGAACCGGCAUCAGGCUCUGCCAGGCAGACGGAUCCUGGUCGGGGACUCCUGCCAGCUGCAGAGUUCGCUCCUGCCCGCCCCUCACCAAGCCCCCACACGGCUUCCUGCGCUGCAGCGGCGGCGGUGGUGGCGGCGGCGGCGCCUCGUACAGGGCGGAGUGCCAGGUGGGCUGUGAUCGAGGCUACAGGCUGGAGGGAGACUCGAGACUCACCUGCCAGGCCAACUCGCAGUGGAGCGGAUCCCAACCCCGGUGUGUGGAGGUCCGCUGCCCGCCCAUCGCCGCUCUGAAGAACGUCGUGCUGUCGCCGCCGGCCUGCGGGAAGCGGCCGGUGUCGGCCGGCUUCGCCUGCCUGCUCACCUGUCGCCAGGGUUACAGUCUCCAGGGCAACAGGAAGGCGGUGUGCCUGGGCUCCGGGAACUGGACCGCCAACGUCCAUAAGGCCACGUGCGCAGAUACGGAGCCGCCGCGGCUCCGGUGCCCCGGGGACAUCAGCGCCGAGACCGACGAGCGGCGCGGGACCGCCAACGUCAGCUGGGACGUCCCCGCCGCCGCCGACAACUCCAAGGACGAGGUCUCGGUCCAGGUGAAGCCGGUCUACACGCCCCCCCAGCUGCUCCCCAUCGGGAAGGAGACCAUCACGUACAUCGCCACGGACCGCUCCGGGAACCAGGCCAACUGCUCCUUCACCGUCACCGUCACCGAUGCGGAGCCUCCGUUCAUCGACAGGUGCCGGUCGCCGCCCGCCGUCCUGGCCACCGACGCCGAGACGCCGGUCGUCUGGGAAGUCCCGCAGUUUUCCGACAACUCAGGCGGACGCCUCUCGGUCACCAGCAGCCACAGCCCCGGCUCUCUGUUCCCCGUCGGCGAGACCGUCGUCCAGUACGUCGCCACGGACGCAGCAGGGAACAGCCGCACCUGCAACCUCACCGUCACCGUCCAAGGCACGACCUGCGAGCAGCCGUACGUCCCGGUGAACGGGGAGUUCGUCUGCACCGAGGAGGACGAGGGCGUCAACUGCACCCUCCACUGCAAAGAUGGCUACAGCUUCACCCAGGAGGCCGUGCACAGCUACUACUGCGCCUACAACGGCGUGUGGGAGCCGCCGUACUCCGCCGACAGGCCCGACUGCUCGCUGAACCGCAUCGCCAACAAUGGCUUCAAGCCCUUCGAGAUGCUGUUUAAGGCGUCCCGCUGCGACGACGUGGACCUGGUGAAGACCUUCACCGGGGAGUUCAGCUCCAAGCUGGGGGGCAUGCUGCCCAACAUCUGCGCCAGCGACGACGUGACCUGCAAGCUGGAGGUGCUGUCGCAGGGCCACUGUCUGGAGUACAACUACGACUACGACAACGGAUUCUCCAUCGCGCCGGGAGGCUGGAGCAGCAGCUGGGGUCCCCAGGGCACUCAGGACUACGCCUACUUUGAGUCGGGCUUUGCCACGGGCAGCCGGCAGCUCCCCAGGAGGCAGCAGGAGGGCGGCGUGCAGUCGGCUCCGCCCCACCACCGCACCAAGAGGCACCGCAAGAUCACCGGGCCCACCAGAGACCAGAAGAUCCAGAUCUUCUUCAACAUCACAGCAAGCAUCCCUCUGCCCCUGUCGAGGAACGACUCCGUCGAGGUGGCCAAUCAGAAGCGGCUCCUGCGGACCCUGGAGCAGCUGACCAACCGGCUGAAGCGCACGCUGGCCAAGCAGCCGCUGUCCAGCUUCCACGUGUCGUCGGAGAUGAUCGUGGCCGACCCCAAGUCCCUGGAGGGCCGGAGGGCGUCCCUGUUCUGCCGGCCGGGCUCGGUGCUCAAGGGCCGGAUGUGUGUCCAAUGUCCAGUGGGGACCUACUUCUCUCUGGAGUAUAACGAGUGCGAGAGCUGCUGGCUGGGCUCCUACCAGGACCAGGAGGGUCAGCUGGAGUGCAAGUCCUGUCCCGAGGGGACCUCCACGGCCUACCUGCACUCCCGCAGCGUCGCCGAAUGCAAAGGCCAGUGUAAGCCCGGCAGCCACUCUCUGAACGGGCUGGAGAUCUGCGAGUCCUGCCCUCUGGGCCACUUCCAGCCGGGCUUCGGGGCCAGGAAGUGUCUGAUCUGCCCCGACGAGACCUCCACCGUCACCCGGGGGGCCGUGGACGAGGCCGAGUGCGGAGUGCCCUGUUCGUCCGGCCACUUCUCGCGCACCGGCCUGGUCCCCUGCUACCCCUGUCCCAGAGAUUACUACCAGCCGGAGCACGGCCGCUCCUACUGCCUCUCCUGCCCCUUCUAUGGAACCACCACCGUCACCGGAGCCUCCACCAUACAGCACUGCUCCAGUUUCGGCUCCAGCUUUCUGCCGAAGGAGGAGAGUGUGACUGCAGCUCCCGAGGUGGAGGUCAGCGAGGACUACCAAGCCAGCAGCCAGGUUUUCCACGAGUGCUUCCUGAACCCCUGUCAGAAUAAAGGAACCUGUGAGGAGGUCGGAGCGGGAUACGUCUGCACCUGCAUGCCCGGGUUCACAGGCGCCAAAUGCGAGAUCGACAUCGACGAGUGCGACUCUGCUCCGUGCCUGAACGGAGGGCUGUGCAGGGACGGCAUGGGAGACUUCCAGUGCCAGUGCAAGCCCGGAUUUCUAGGCUCUUUGUGCGAGGCCGAGGUGAACGAAUGCGCCUCCUCGCCAUGUCUGAACGAAGGUGUGUGUGUGGACGAGGUCAACAAGUUCACCUGCAGCUGCGCCGCCGGCUUCACAGGGUCUCGCUGUGAGCUGGAGAUCAACGAGUGUCUGUCCAGCCCCUGCCUGAACGGCGGCGUGUGCGACGACCUGACCGGCGGAUACUCCUGUACCUGUGCCGUGGGCUUCUCGGGCGAUCGCUGCGAGAUCAACAUCGACGAGUGUUACAGCGCGCCCUGUCUCAACGGGGGCUCGUGCUUGGACGCCGUCAACAACUUCAGGUGUCAGUGCGUGGAGGGAUACCGGGGUCGGCUGUGCGAGGUGGACGUGGACGAGUGCGACCCCAACCCCUGCGUGAACGGGGCCAGCUGCCUGGACGGCCUGGGCUCCUACACCUGCCGCUGCCUCCCUGGGUUCAACGGAACCAGGUGUGAGACAGAAAUGUCCUCAGCCUUCAACCUGGACUUCGAGGUCUCUGGUAUCCAUGGUUACGUGAUGAUGGACGGAGUGAUGCCCGCGCUGACCGAAAUCACGUGCACCUUCUGGAUGAAGUCGUCCGACAGCACCAACUACGGCACGCCGGUGUCGUACGCCGUGGAGGGCAGCGACAACGCCUUCCUCCUCAUCGACUACAACGGGUGGGUGCUGUAUGUGAACGGUAAGGAGCGGGUGACGGACUGCCCGGCGGUCAACACGGGCCAGUGGUACCACAUCGGCGUGUCCUGGAGGAGCUGGGACGGCGACUGGAGGAUAUACAUCAACGGGAGGCCCUCGGACGGAGGCAAAGGCCUGUCAGUGGGCACCACCAUCCCAGGUGGAGGGGCGCUGGUGCUGGGGCAGGACCAGGACCAGAGGGGAGAGGGGUUCAACCCCGUGGAGUCCUUCGUGGGCUCCAUGAGUCAGCUCCACAUCUGGGAUCGAGUGCUCACACCGCAGCAGAUUAAAGUUCUGUCCAGCAGCUGUCCCGCCUCUCAUGUGACCCACAGAGGAAACGUCCUCGCCUGGCCCGACUUCCUCAGCGGGGUGGUGGGACGAGUUAAAGUCAACCUCAACAGCAUCUUCUGUGCCGACUGCCCCAAGCUGGAGAGCUCGGUGCCCCACCUGCACGCCUCCUCGCUGGAGGUGAGUCCCGGAGCCCAGGUGCAGCUCUCCUGUGAUCCCGGCUUCUACCUGGUGGGGGAGCCGGUGCUGCAGUGCCAGAAUAAAGGAGAGUGGAGCCACGCUCUGCCCAGCUGUGAACGGGUCUCCUGCGGACCUCCUCGUCCCCUGGAGCACGGCUCGGUUCAGGGCUCGGACUUCCUGGCCGGCAGCUCCGUGGUCUAUCAGUGUAACGCCGGGUUUUACCUGUUGGGAGACUCCAAGGUGCGCUGCAGCAACAGUGGCAAGUGGGGAGGAAACCCACCGGCCUGUCUGGACGUGGACGAAUGCGCUCUGGGCUCGGACUGUGAUGAGCACGCCAGCUGCCAGAACACGGACGGCUCGUAUUCCUGCACCUGCGUUCCCCCAUACAGCGGCGACGGAAAGAACUGCACAGAGCCGGUGAAGUGCGAGAACCCCGGAUCUCCGGAGUUUGGUCACAGAGACGACAGCAACUUCCUGAUGGGCAGCUCGGUCGCGUUCGGAUGCGACGAAGGGUACGAGCUGAUCGGCUCUUCCAGAAUAAUCUGCCUGGAGACGGGGCGCUGGGACCAGCCUGCUCCAUUCUGCAGAGCUCUGUCCUGUCCUGCCCCGACAGUGCCUGAACACUCCAUCCUGAAGGGAAAUAACUUCACCUACGGAAGCAAGGUGACUUUCAGCUGCGAGAAGGGCUUCCUGCCUCAGAUCCCCUACGACUUCCAGUGUCUGUCCAGCCUGAGGUGGAGCGGGACGCCGCCCGCCUGCCACCCGGUGACCUGCGGCGGGCCGCCCACCGUGGACAACGCCGGCUACACCUUCAGCUCCAACACAUACCUGUCCACUGUCACCUACACCUGUGACGAGGGAUACAGACCACAGGGCUCCAUGGAGGUGGUGUGUGAAGCGACGGGCGAGUGGAGCCGGCCGUUUCCUCGCUGUGUGAACAUCCUGUGCAGCGAGCCUCCGGCCCUCAGAGAUGCCCUGACCGUGGGAGAGAACUACGAACUGGGGAACAAGGUGCACUACGUCUGCAAAGAAGGCUACACUCUGAUUGGCCCUGAAACCAGAGAAUGUCUUCCGUCCGGCCAGUGGAGCGAGAGCUCGGCCCAGUGCGUCCCUCGCUCGUGCGGCCCGCCGCCCGCCAUCGACCACGCCGAGCCUUACGAGAGCCACCAGCUGUUUGGAGACACUGCGAACUACUACUGCACAGAUGGAUACACCGCUGGCAACAACUCAAAGAUGGUGUGCAACGCCCAGGGAGCGUGGGCGCCGCCCGACGGCAUGGAGGCCCCCCGCUGCAUCGCCAACUUCUGCCUGCGCCCGCCCCACCUGCCUCAUGCCAUUCUGGAUUCCGUCAACAAACCCAAAUACGCGAGUAACUCUGAAGUGAGCUACAAAUGUGAAGAGGGCUUCAUGCUCAACAGCACGUCCACGCUCAGGUGUCUGAUGGGAGGAGAGUGGGAUCCCUCGCCGUACAGCAUAGACUGUGUGCCCGUGAGGUGCUCCAAGCCCGAGAGCAUCGACCGGGGCUACGUGAGCGGAACAAACUAUAGCUUUGGGGCUGUUGUGGCGUACAGCUGCUAUAACGGCUUCCUGAUCCGCGGAGAGAAAAGGAGGACCUGCAAGGCCAAUGGAGAGUGGGGAGGAGUUCUGCCAAUGUGCGUACCAGUGUCCUGUCCGCCGCCACCAUCUCUAAAGAACGGCUACAUCCAGGGCAAAGUUCAGACCACGUUCGGCAGCAGGGUGAUGUACGCCUGUGAUGCUGGAUACAAACUGGUGGGUCAGUCGCAUCGCAUUUGCCAAGCCAACCGUCAGUGGUCCAACAACCACCUUCCCACCUGUGUCCUUCUGACCUGCGACCCUCCUCCUGACAUCGUGCACGGACGUUACAGAGGCUCCGAGUUCCAGGUUGGCCGCAAAGUGGAGUAUGUCUGUGACGAGGGCUACGAGCUGGCCGGCGACCCCGUUUGGACUUGCCUGAAGUACGGACGGUGGGACAAGUUCAGACGUCCGCGCUGCUCGCCGGUUCAAUGUCCCGAGCCACCGCUGGAGGACAACCACCUGGUCCUGAAGAGCCUGGACUCUGAAUCUGGAACGGUGGAGUUAUCCUGUGAGGAGGGCUAUGUCCUGCAGGGGGCUCAGAUCCUCCGCUGCACUGCGUCUCAGGAGUGGAACGACACGUUCCCCAUGUGUAAACAAGUGUUCUGCGGCUCACUGCCGGAGGUGCCGUUCGGUGGCCCCUCCUCGUCCUCUCCCCCGUUCCCCUUCGACUCUGUGGUAACGUACCGAUGCAUGGAUGGCUUUACUUUAAGAAAAGAAGGCUCGGUGUCCUGUCUGGCCAGUGGUCAGUGGAGUAGCCCUUACCCCGAAUGCAUUCCUGUCGAAUGUCCUCAACCUGUAGAGAUUUCUAACGGUAUAGUCGAUGUCCAGGGGCUGAUGUACCUCAGCAAAGCACUUUAUAGCUGUAGGACUGGAUAUAAUCUAGUCGGCAAUUCUACUGUUCUGUGUGGAGAGAAGGGACUCUGGAUAGGUGGAGUCCCUUCCUGCCGCCCAAUUGAAUGUUCUGCACCUAAACAGAUAGCCAGUGGAAGGGUGGUGUACACAAAACUGCAGUUUGGACACAGCGCCAUCUACUCCUGUCGCCGUGGUUACCGCCUCCGAGGCCCCGAGACUCUGAAGUGUCUUGCCAAUGGGAAGUGGGACACGGAUCCGCCUCUCUGCGUGCAGAUCGCCUGCUCGCCUCCUAAACCCAUUGAAAACGGGUUUGUUGAGGGCCAGGAUCACAGCUUCGGGGUCACGAUUUUCUACAGCUGCUUUCCUGGCUUUCAGCUCGUAGGCCAGGACCAUCAAAUCUGCGAGGAGUCCGGCUGGUCGAGUUCGGUCCCGGUGUGCGUGCCCUCGGACUGCGGCCUGCCCCCUCACAUUGACUUUGGGGAUUAUUUCAGGGUGACAGACUUUAAAGGGUCUCUGACUUCUGAAGACACUGGAAUGCAGCUAACUGACUUGAACUUCCUUCACGGGACACUUAUUGAGUACCGUUGCCACAAAGGCUACGACCUCACACACCACACCAGGUUGGUGUGUCAGGAGGACGGGGGAUGGAACGGGACCGCCCCGAUGUGCGUCCCGGCUGAGUGCGAGACCCCGCCCAGCCCGGAGCACGGCUGGGUGAACGUGACCGACGAGUCCCUCGGGAGCACGGUCAGGUACAGCUGCGAGAACGGAUACGAACUGCACGGGGAGCCCAUGAGUCACUGCGUGUCCGGUCGCCUGUGGACCAACAGUCCCCCCGUCUGUCGGCCCGUCUCCUGUGGAAAUCCGGGGGAUCUCGCUAAUGGCACGGCCCACGGCGGUAGUUUUCUUUACCCCGAGCAGCUGCACUUCGAGUGUCAGCCCGGGUUUGUGCUGAAGGGCAGUGAAACCAUCACCUGCCAGGCUGAUGGGCAGUGGAACGGACGGAAACCGCAGUGUGAGCCAGUGUCCUGUGGUCCCCCUGAAGUCCCCAGUGACGUUACCUUCAGAGUCAACGGGCACACGUACGGCAGCGAGGUAGAACUGAGCUGUCAGCCCGGUUUCCUUCUGAGGGGGAAAUCUGUCAGCGUCUGUCAGGCGGACGGCACCUGGAGCCACCAGUCUCCCGCCUGUGUGCCUGCCCGCUGUGGGAAGCCUUCCCAAAUACCCAACGGACACGCGCUGGGGUCGGAGUUUGGCUACAACAGCAAAGUCGAGUAUGAAUGUGAAGAAGGCUACGUGCUAAAUGGAGACCCGACUCUUGUCUGCCAGUCUAAUGGACGUUGGGACAAGCCGCCGCCCCGCUGCGACAUCGUCAGCUGCGACCCCCCUCAGGACAUCAGCCAUGGCUUCUUGAAUGGCUCCAGCUUCAACUUUGACGACGUCGUGGAGUACGUCUGCUUCGACGGCUACGAGGUGGUGGGAGAUCCCAUCCUGCGCUGUUCCGCCCGGGGCUUGUGGGUCGGCAGCGUGCCUCACUGCCAGCCCUGCCUCUGCCUCCUCCCCGCCGUCAAAUUCGGGAGGGUCCUCGGCCGGGACCGGGCCUGCGGGGACCGGGUUCACUUCCAGUGUGACGACGGGUACAGGCUCCUGGGCCCCUCCCAGGCGGUGUGUGAGAGGGGAGGCGUGUGGAGUCCCGGGGUGCCUGUGUGUGGCCGGGGGAGGUGCAGUGUCGCCCCGCCUGCAGUUCCCAACGCUGUCCUGCAGGGCGGCAGUGCCACCUUCCCAGACACGGCCAUAUACAGGUGCCGGCCGGGCUACCAGCUGAAGGGCUACCCACACCUCACCUGCGGAAGAGACGGGCGGUGGGGGGAGCCCAGGAUCAGCUGUGAGCCUGUCAGCUGUGGAAAACCACCAGCAGUUCCUCACGCUCAGGCGGUCGGAGACGUCUUCACCUUCCCAAACCAGAUCACAUACAGGUGUGACGCCGGUUACCAUCCGGCCUCUCCGUCCAGCUCUCUGUCCUGCCAGAGCGACGGCUCCUGGUCCAAGCACAGCGUCCGCUGCCGCCCGGCGCCCUGCCCGCUGCCCUCCAACGUCUCCAUCCCCCACCUGCUGAUCAGCGGGAAGGAGCCGACUCCCGUGGGCGGCUCCGUCACCCUGUCCUGCCCCCCCGGCUUCUACCUGCAGGGGUCGGCGCUGGCCGAGUGUCAGGUGGGCGGAGUCUGGGCUCCGAGCGUCUCGUCCGCCUCCUGCGAGGUGGUGGUCUGUGACAAACCCCCGCCUCUGCUCCAUGGGAUCAUCGAGGGAGACAGCUACAACUACGGAGACUUCGUCCUGUACUCCUGCCUGCCCGGCUUUGACAUGAAGGGAGACUCGAUCCAGACCUGCCAGGGAGACCGGACCUGGAGCGGCACGCCGCCACUGUGUGUCGACCCGUCCAGCCCCUCCUGCGGACCGCCCCCCACUGUCAAACACGCCCAGACGACCGUAGACCCCCACCUGCACAACGUCAGCUACGUGUGCGAAGCCGGGCUGCAGCUGCUGGGCCCCCAGACCCUCCGCUGCCUGGAGAACGGGUCCUGGAGCCUGCCGGCGCCCACGUGUGAAGAGGCCCGAGGCUGCGACGGCCCCAAGCCGCCGCCGCACGGCCGGCUGCAGGAGCACAGCCUGAACGCGGGGCGCGCCGUGGAGUUCCAGUGCGACCGAGGCUACGCCCUGGUGGGCGACCCGCUGGUGGUGUGCAUGGGGGGCAACACCUGGAGCUCCGCCUUCCCCACCUGCAAACCCAAGCCCUGCCCGACUCCUCCGGGCUGGAAGGACGACGGCGGCAGGAACCGGUCCGGGCCCGAGUUCCACGUGGGCCAGUCGGUCCGCGUCUCCUGCCCCAAAGGGCAGCAGGCGAGGGGCGGCGGCACCAUCACCUGCAGGCCCGACCAGACCUGGAGCCCCGUCGGCUCCGUCUGCGAGAGGGUGUCCUGCGGCCCCCCCCUCCACGUGGCCAACGGGGUGGUGAAGGGGGCGGUGUUCCAGUUCGGGGACGUGGCGCUGUACUCCUGCUAUGGCGGCUUCGCCAUGGAGGGCGCCGGACGGAGCAGGUGCCUGGAGAACGGCACCUGGACGCCGCCUCCCACGUGCAGAGCCGUGUGCUGGCUGCAGUGUCAGAACGGAGGUGUGUGUCAGAAGCCCAACACCUGCGCCUGCCCCGAGGGCUGGAUGGGCCGACUCUGCGAGGAGCCGAUCUGCAUCCUGCCCUGUCUGAACGGGGGCCGCUGUGUGGCCCCCUACCAGUGCGAGUGUCCCGCCGGGUGGACGGGGACACGCUGCCACAGCGCGGUGUGUUCGUCGCCCUGUCAGAACGGAGGCCGGUGCAUCAGGCCCAACAGAUGCAGCUGCACUUCAGGAUGGAGCGGACACGACUGCUCCAGGAAGAGGAAAUCGGUGUACUAUCACUUCUGAAGCGUCCGCUGGGCUCCAUGUGAAUCACCUUAUGAAGGGAACUCUGUAUAUUUAACUCCUGUAAACCAUUCACUCUCAUCUCUCUGCAACAACCGGACCCCAGUUUGUAAAAUAAAGCUGUAUUUUUUCAUAUGAGAGACUCGACAGUAUUAAACAUAUGCUGCUAUAUACUUGUAAAAACUAUUGAUGUGACGGUUCAGUGUAUAUGUGUAAACUAUUCUCACGUUUUUAUUAAAGCAUAAAAUACGA